AUACGCGCGGGGUAGGUAUGUGGGCAAGGCUUGUCAGAGUCUUGACCACCAAUACACUUAAACAAUCGUCCAAUUUCAUCAAUUCAGACAUUAUCAACGCUGAUUUCUGAGAAUUGAAUUUUAGUGAGAGAAAUACUUGACUCUACUGCAUCAUAAACCCGAAAACUUUCGGUGUAGACGUUCUCAAUGUCUCUAAUUACCGCCUUUCGUCCUCGAUCCACUAGGACUUCAUCCUCUUUGCGACACCGGUCAGAAAGGGCACACCGCCGUCACCAGGGAAGGUCUUCGAAUGAUCAAAAUGGGAUAACUGAAGAAAAUGGAGAAGAAGAAGGCCCCGAUGCACAUUCCAUUAUCACCCCAUCGAAGCACACACCUAAACCCUGGCGAGCUUUGAAAGGCUCUGUCGCUAAAGGCGGUCCUCUUCGUCCAUUUCGACUUUUGAAACAAGACAUUGUCAAUAUUCGCAGGCGCUAUUUGUCCGACUGGACGGUGUUCAAUCAGCAGAUCUUCGCUAGCGCCGUGUACGUAUUUUUCACCAACCUUCUGCCUGGUAUCACAUUUGCGAGUGACCUUUAUGUCUUGACCGGAGCGAAUUGGGGCACAAUUGAAGUUGUCUUUAGCACUGGCCUUUGCGGUAUCAUUUUCGCUCUUGCUUCAAUUCAACCAUUGACCAUUCUCGGCGUGACUGGGCCCUUCUCCGUACUGGCUGAAAAUAUAUAUGCAUUGUGCCAUGACAGUUUCAAGAUUCCUUUUUUGCCAUUCAUAGCCUGGUCCUUGGUCCAUGCCGCUUGGAUGCACUAUGUGCUAGCUAUUGUCAAUGCCCAUGACUGGACCAUGCGAUAUGUCACAACAUUUUCCACCGAGAUAUUUUCGUUACUGAACAGUGUGAUAUAUUUCCACAAGGCUAUUCAGGAAUUGCAAAGAGCUCACAAUAAUCUUUCUUUUGCGGCAUUUCUUUACGCCAUUAUCGGUGCAGUUGGUACCAUGCUUCUUGCUAUAUUUCUGUCAACUGCUGAAUCGUGGCGACCGCUGUUUCAUCGAUAUAUCCGACUUGGCCUUACAGAGUAUGCCGCUGCAAUCUCAAUAAUCAUAUUCAUUGCUAUGCCUCACGUCGGAGAACUGGCACACUUGGACAAGAUGACCCUCAAUGUAAGCCAUUCAUUUCGGCCAACGUCUCCAGAACGCGACACAUUUUUCGUCAAGUUUUGGACAUUGCCCCUAGGAUGGAUACUCGCUGCCAUAGUGCCUGGUUUGAUCAUCACAGUACUGUUCUUUUUCGAUCACGAAGUGAGUUCAAUUAUCUGUACCAUUGACAGAUACGGAACCAGAAAGCCUGGAGGCUUCGCAUGGGAUAUUGUUCUCCUGGGAACAACGACGGCUAUCUGUGGAAUCCUUGGGAUUCCCCCAGCAAAUGGAUUGCUUCCUCAAGCCCCACUUCACUCAGAGUCGUUGAUGCACUCAGAGCACGAGCGGCAUACAGUGGUUGUAGAUGGCGAGGAAAAGGUCGAGUCUCGCGAGGUUCGCCGUGUUUACGAGCAGCGUUGGUCGGCAUUUUUGCAUGCAGGGGGCAUCAUGCUCUUUGUUAGCCCUCCAUUUAUGACCGUUCUGGGGUUGACACCAACUAGCGUAUUGGCUGGGCUGUUCCUGUUCAUGGGUGAACAGAGUCUAUCAGUAAACCCUAUAUUAUAUCGCUUUUUCUACAUUCUGACCCCACCGUCAGAGCUUCCUCAGCUUCCCGCCUCUCUGCACAACGAGGAUAACCCUUCCGAAAGACCUUCGUAUCUCCCCAUCCAUUAUUAUACUGUUCUUCAAAUCAUCCUCACAGCAGUGGUCUUCGCUCUGACUCUGACAAAAGCCGCCCCGGCAUUCCCGGUGCUCAUUAUCGCUCUGGUUCCAUUCCGUCUGCUCUUCAUGAAACGCUGGUGGAAUCGCGAAGUGCUUCGAUUUGUUGAUGCAUGGGCAUGUCGUGAAGGUACCCCUGAGGAUGAUGAGGACCAGCAAGCUCAAAACAAGAUGAGUGAUUCUGCAGAUGAUGCAGUGUUUACCGCGGACGCUUAUCCAUUGGAUAAUGGACGAAACGCAAGUGGAGAGUUAUAUCCCACGUCUCGUGUGCAAGCUGACGUAGGUGAUAGUCCUGAAAGGGAUAACGCACAAGAUUGGAUAGAGUUGGAUUUGAGAGAACCUAGAGCUUCGGAAGAUGAAGAGAUAGAAGUUGGUACUCAAUCGCCAAAGGGAAUCAGGAGUUUCGACGCUUAUUAUGCUGGCAAACUGUGAGCUGCUCGUGUAUAAGCGUGAAGAGGUGGUCCAAUGCGUUCUUGUUUUAUGUUUUUACUGGUCUGCGCAGUACAUGUGUAGCGCUGGCAAUUACCGACUUUAUCAAUCUUGUGACGAGGCUGUGUAAUGUGGUCAUGUAAGGGGUUGAUAGUUCUGUAUAUACAG